AUGGUUAAAGGCCUUGCAAAGCUUGUUCAAUCUUUAAAGAAAGCUAAAGAUGUCUCUCAAACUCUUGAAAUUUUGGAUCAAACUCCCAAUGGCAUGCUGCAUGAAGGUCCAUCACUUGGAAUUGAGAUGAUAAAGCUAGCAGCAACAAAGUACAGCAAAAAUGAUGAAAUUUUUCAAGUAUUAGAAAGCCCGAAAUUCUUUAAUGCAUUUCGUGGUGAUAAUUUUUGAUUAUAUUUAAACCACUUGCUUCAGAAUAAAAAAUCACAAAUGAAUACAGAUUUUUAUUUGUCUUUAGAAAAGAAAAUAAAUAAAAUGACUUCAGAUGAAUUAACAUGAAGAGGAAUUGGAAAUGCAUGGAAAAUUUUUGCGAAAUAUUCAAUGAUUCCUUCAUUUCAAUGCAUAACAAAGCUAGAAGAAGAAAUUAUUGACAGAAAAAAAGAAUUUGACUUGGCCACCUAUGGAAUAAUCAUGAAUGCUUAUGCUAACCUUAGGAUUUUAGAAAAUCCUGACUCCCCCCCCCCCCCUCCGUGAGCGAACAAAAAAAUUUUGUUCGCUCACGGAGGGGGGUUAAUUUUUUUUUUUAAAAAAAAUUUAUAUAUAAAUUUUAUAAAAAAUAUUUUUUUCGAAAUUUAAAAAAAUCCUAAUUUGCAAAAAUUGGGAAGCAAAUAUUAAUUUAAUUUGCAAAAUUUAUGUUUUAAAACGCAAUUUGUUUAAAAUUAAACAGAAUUAGCUCUAGAUUUCAUUAUACUAAUUAUCACUUAUAUAUCAAAAUUUUUUUCCAUUAAAAUUUUUUCUAUUAAAAAAUUUUUGUUCACUCACGGAGGGUGGUUUUUGGUCAAAAAAUGGCGAUUUUUCUAAUGGUUUUGUUCGCUCACGGAGGGGGGGGGGGGAGUGAGCAUAAAAACCCUCAAAGGUUUAUGAAAGAAAUGAUAACAAAAAAGAAAAUUGAUGAAGGCGAGCUAAAGAAACAGUCAACAAUGGUUUCCUUGUUAGGGAUAGCAAAAUCUCUGUGUCUUAUGCAUUAUUUUACUCCCCCCCCUCCGUGAGUGAACAAAAAAAUUUUGUUCACUCACGGAGGGGGUUUAUUUUUUUUUUUUAAAAAAAAUUUAUAUAUACAAUUUUACCCUCACCAUAAACAGCAGCAUAUAAAUUUUAUAAAAAAUAUUUUUUUUCGAAAUUUAAAAAAAUCCUAAUUCGCAAAAAUUGGAAAGCAAAUAUUAAUUUAAUUUAUAAAAUUUAUGUUUUAAAAAGCAAUUCGUUUAAAAUUAAACAGAAUUGGCUCUAGAUUUCAUUAUACUAAUUAUCAUUUAUAUAUCAAAAUUUUUUUCUAUUAACAAAAUUUUUUGUUCACUCACGGAGGGUGGGUUUUUGGCAAAAAAUAGCGAUUUUUCUAAUGAUUUUGUUCACUCACGGAGGGGGGGGAGUUAGUGAUACAAGCCUAUGGCUGAGCUAUUUUAAAAAUAUAGCAGAUGCUUACAGCAGCGUAAAAGAUGAAGCUACGCCUUGGAAAGCUGAUAUCGAUAUGUCUCUACUGCACUUAAUUGAUGCUCAUCAAACUUAUGCGGCAGAAAAUAUGCAAGAAUACCAAGAAAUGCUGAGCCCAAUUAAAGAAAAAUGCAUUUAUGACCCUACAAAAUUAGCCAAAACAAAUAAAUUAUCAGAUUGGGAAAAAAGCAUUGAAGGAAUUCUCAAGAAAUUCUCAUUGAAAUAUGAGGCUGACAAAAUCGUUAGUGACUAUUACACUGUUGACUAUUUUUUCGAACCCAAUAUCGCUAUAGAAAUAUAUGGGCCUAUUCAUUUUUUAAGGAAAAUCACUGGAGAAAGCACAAAUUUACUAAAGGGAAAAUCCAUAUAUAAAUCUCAGCUUCUAGGUGCAAAAGGUUUGAAGAUAAUAAGAGUCCCAUAUCAUUUAAAGGAAGACACAGAAAACUACAUAGUAAAAGAAUUACAAAUUUUAGGGAUUUUAAGUAAUCUUUAA